AUGGCCAAACAAGAAUCUCCUGCCUCUUCAUCUGCUUCUUCGCCUUCACCUGAACAAUCACAGAAUCUUGUCAGCGAUAUUGGUGAAUACCUUAUGCAAGCGGCUCAAACAUGGGCGCAAAUGACGGAUGCGUUGGUGGAGAGUCGACAGGUUCAACAAGCUGUCGUGGACGCACAUGAACAGGCUUUGAACAACAAUCAUUUAUCGGAUUUGUCUACUGUUGUUAGUAUGGAUAUGGAUUUAUCCAAACUUUGUAAAAUCCGUGAUUUGACGGCGCAGUUUUCCCAAGAUGUUCACCAAGUUUGGCAAAAGGAUACAAAAUACAACGGCGGCGCAUCAUGA